UGACGGACGUCCACACAUCGGGCUCGUUCGGAAUCUAGACGCGAGGGGAUCCAGUACUGUUAGGUAGUCCUAGGGAUAGCUUUAUUUGGUUUAGACUCGGUGUGGUUGGUUCAAGGGUUUCGUCAGUCUGAUGUUCUACUUUAAGAAAACGGACAGCACGUGCGAGUAGUGUGGCUUUCCUAUGACUAAAAAAACUUAGUUUUUUCUUCAGUAGAACCAGUGCUGACAGAAACAUAACGCGGCCCUGAUUCAGAUAUCUCUUAUCGAUAAUUUUUCAUGGAUUCAAACUUUGAACCAUGCUUGCAUUGUCAGAAAAAAAAAUUACAGUGGCUAUCUGUACUUUACACUGAGUUUCAACUAUAAUAUCUCGUGAAUGUAAUAUACCAGCUGAUGUUAUCUGGUAUCUCGUGAGCGUAAUAUACCCGCUAGUGUUAUCUAAUAACUCGUGAGUGUAAUAUACCAGCUAGUGUUAUCUGGUAUCUCGUGAGUGUAAUAUACCUGCUGGUGAUAUCUCGUAGCUCGUGAGUGUAAUUUACCAGCUGAUGUUAUCUGGUAUCUCGUGAGUGUAAUAUAUCAGCUAGUGUUAUCUGGUAUCUCGUGAAUGUAAUAUACCAGCUGAUGUUAUCUGGUAUCUCGUGAAUGUAAUAUAUCAGCUAGUGUUAUCUGGUAUCUCGUGAGCGUAAUUUACCGCCUGGUGUUAUCUGGCAUCUCAUGAGUGUAAUAUACCACUUGGUGUUAUUUAAUAACUCAUGAGUGUAAUAUAUCAGCUGGUGUUAUCUUCUAAUCCGUGAGUGUAAUAUACCAGGUCGUCUUAUCUGGUAUCUCGUGAGUGUAAUUUACCAGCUGGUGUUAUCUGGUAUCUCGUAAGUGUAAUAUACCAGCUAGUGUUAUCUGGUAACCGUGAGUUUAAUUUACCAGCUAGUGUUAUCUUGUAACUGUGAGUGUAAUAUACCAUCUAGUGUUAUUUGGUAACCGUGAGUGUAAUAUACCAGCUAAUGUUAUCUGAUAACCGUGAAUGUAAUAUACCAGCUAGUGUUAUCUUGUAACCGUGAGUGUAAUAUACCAGCUAGUGUUAUCUGGUAACUGUGAGUGUAAUAUACCAGCUAGUGUUAUCUUAUAACCGUGAGUGUAAUAUACCAGCUAGUGUUAUCUGGUAACCGUGAAUGUAAUUUACCAGCUAGUGUUUUCUGGUAACCGUGAAUGUAAUAUACCAGCUAGUGUUAUCUGGUAACCGUGAAUGUAAUUUACCAGCUAGUGUUAUCUGGUAGCCGUGAGUGUAAUAUACCGACUGGUGUUAUCUGGUAACAGUGAAUGUAAUUUACCAGCUAGUGUUUUCUGGUAACCGUGAAUGUAAUAUACCAGCUAGUGUUAUCUGGUAACCGUGAAUGUAAUUUACCAGCUAGUGUUAUCUGGUAACCGUGAAUGUAAUUUACCAGCUAGUGUUAUCUUGUAACCGUGAGUGUAAUAUACCAGCUAGUGUUAUCUGGUAACCGUGAGUGUAAUAUACCAGCUAGUGUUAUCUUAUAACCGUGAGUGUAAUAUACCAGCUAGUGUUAUCUGGUAACCGUGAAUGUAAUUUACCAGCUAGUGUUUUCUGGUAACCGUGAAUGUAAUAUACCAGCUAGUGUUUUCUGGUAACCGUGAAUGUAAUAUACCAGCUAGUGUUAUCUGGUAACCGUGAAUGUAAUAUACCAGCUAGUGUUAUCUGGUAACCGUGAGUGUAAUAUACUGACUGGUGUUAUUAAGAACUAUGUUUUCAUCAUCAGUAGUCAUCACUUUGAAAAGACUUCUUUUGGCGCUGACAUUUAGAGUAACCUUUGGAAGUUGGGAGGAGUGGUGGACAUACGAAGGAAUAUCCGGGCCUAACUACUGGGGCCUCCUGAACCCAGAGUGGAGCUUAUGUAACAUGGGUCAUCGCCAGUCACCUGUGGAUAUUGACCCGUCGAUAUUAUUGUUUGACCCUCACUUGAGGCCGGUGGACGUCGAGAAGAACAGAGUGAGUAAAUAGAAA